GCUCUGUAACAUGGUUUCUCAUGUGUGUGUUUUCUUUCUCUCCUCCUCCUCUCUCUCUCCUCCUCCCGCCGCCUCUCUCCUCCUCCCCAAACACACACGUACACACACACGCUUCCCCUCUCCCUCCCCCUCCUCAAGGCCGAAAAGGCAAGCCAAACCUGCAGCCGACGAAGGCUUUUGGGAUUGUAGCGUGUGCACCUUCAGGAACAGCGCCGAAGCCUUCAAAUGCAGCAUCUGCGAUGUCAGGAAAGGCACCUCCACAAGAAAACCUAGAAUAAACUCUCAGCUGGUGGCACAACAAGUUGCCCAGCAAUAUGCAACCCCACCACCACCUAAGAAGGAGAAGAAGGAGAAAGUGGAAAAACAAGACAAAGAAAAACCUGACAAAGAGAAGGAAAUAAGUCCAAGUGUUACAAAGAAGAACACUAACAAGAAGACUAAACCAAAGUCAGAUAUUGUGAAAGAUCCUCCUAGUGAAGCAAACAGCAUACAGUCUGGGAAUACUACAACAAAGACCAGCGACUCAAAUCACACUUCAAGACCCAGACUGAAAAAUGUGGACAGAAGUACCGCACAGCAGCUGGCAGUCACAGUGGGAAAUGUCACAGUAAUUAUCACAGACUUUAAAGAAAAGACUCGCUCUUCAUCCACGUCGUCUUCUACAGUGACCUCCAGUGCAGGAUCAGAACAACAGAAUCAGAGCAGCUCGGGCUCUGAGAGCACAGACAAGGGCUCGUCCCGUUCCUCCACGCCCAAGGGGGACAUGUCGGCAGUCAACGACGAAUCUUUCUGAAAAAUUGCACAUUGGAGUUGUGGAAACUAUGAAUCAGGGUAUGAAAUUCAAACACUCCACCUGCCCACGCUGUUCAGAUCCUGGAGAGCCUCUUCUGUGCUUGAACACACUUUCUCGGACAUCGACCUCUUACUGAUGCAGCCAGGAUCAUUUCUGCUUGCCGUGGGCAUCUGGCCACCAAGGAAUUUCUCACCCUAGCGAUUACUCUUGACACUUUUAUGUAUUCCAUUGUUUUAUAUGAUUUUCCUAACAAUCAUUUAUAAUUGGAUGUGCUCCUGAAUCUACUUUUUUAUAAUAUCUGCUGUGCACAAUUUUCCAUGAACAUGACAACUUUUUGUUUGGGGGGUAGGGAGCGGGUGGGGUGGGAAGGGGGCUUUAUUUAUUGCAUUCACAAACUCCAUCCUCUUUCAACAUAUCCUUUUUAAGUUCAGUUCUUCUUCCAGU